GACUCUUCCUUCUAAGUAAUAAGACGCUUCCCUCUUUCUCUCUAUCGCUCUGUCCAGAUGAAAAAGAGAAAGCCAAGAUCAACGCAGAGGAGCUGCAAAUCAAAAAAGUGAAGAAGAAAAAGAAGAAGAAACACAAAGAGGGGGAGAAGCACAAACGAGUGAAGAUGUACCACCGCUCCUGCCAAACCAUUUGCGCUGGCCUGCUCCUCCACCCCACCUCUCCUCCUCCAUCCUCCAACCCCACACACAACUCCUCCCUGUCCCCGUUUAAGUCCCCUCUACCGGUUUUCCCUCCACCGAACAACAAAACUGCACACCUCCCGCCUUCCUCCCCUCCCCUCGUCUCCAAAUCUCCCUUUAACUCCUCUCUCCACAACUCUCAGUCGCCCUCCAUCAAGACGCCGCAACCUUCCCCGACCAAACACCAGCCGCAGUGCGCCUACCCCGGCAUGGCGGGACUGGAGUUCGCCCCGUACAUCCACAUAGAGAACCAGCCUAACGGAGGGGCCCUGGUGGCCCACGCCUACACGUCUCAGCUCUCCGCUCUCUCCGUGGGCCAGAGGCAGAGAUUCGCCCAGGAGUUCGUCACCUUGGCUUUCAGCGAGGACUCAUCCCAGGCAGCUCAUUACGUCAUGGGGAUUGUCCACGGAGAAGCCGGCUACCUACCUGACUUCCUGGACUACUUCUCAUCCAAGUUCCCAUCAGCUCCAGUCAAAAUGGAAAUACUGGGAAAGAAGGACAUAGAAACCACCACUAUGGUUAAUUUCUACUCUCAG